AUGUUACAAGAAACAGACGAUUUGAUGAGACAACUGGACACAGUAACAAAAACUGUUAAAAAACUGCAAAAAGACCGCGACGCAGAUAGAAAGAACAAACCAAAGAUGGUGAUGAUCACUUAUAAAAACAAUGGACCGCAUGCUGGACAAAGUAUUGAACCAUCGGAGUACAUCCCAUAUAACUCAAAUGUCAACGCUUACAACAAUGUUCACAAACACAGAAGAGUUGCACACACAAAGCAAUACCUCAAUAAUUACAAACGUGUCGACAAUUCGAAACUCACGCCGUACGAAAAAAUGCAGAGAAGGUACUUUCCAUAUAAAUACAGGAAGGUGUAUACACACAGAGUGAUACCAAAGUACUUAAACAAAUACACCAACAAAAAAUUAGCGAAACGAAUGGUGAAGACUGCGCUGAGGAAUAAAAAGGUCGAGUACCAAAAUUCGCAAGACAAAAAAUUGAAUGCAUUUAUACACACAGAUGACUGGAAGAAAAACAUACAAGAAAACUUCCGACAGUUCCAAGACAAGAAAAUAAGUAAAUUGGAACAUCUGAAGAUGAAAGACGAUCUGAGAAAAUUGGAGGAGGAAGAGAAGGAAGCAAUCGAAGAAAUUAAGAUGCGAAUGAAGUCGUCGGAAUUGGAGUUAAAAACGCGAGCAGAUAAGUUGCGUGCGGUUCUCAAAAAAGAGCGUGAGAACAGCGAGCGAGUCAUACACAACGAAAUUAUUAAAAAGGAAACAGAAUUUAAACUCGAGCGCAAUCGGCUGAGACGAGAGUUUAAGAAGACGAUGGCACUUCAACUUGAGAAGCUUAAAACACAUUUUGUAAAAACGGGAGACGGCGCCGUGGACAAUACAAAAGAGGUGAAUCAAUUGAAGGCACUCACACAAAAGGUGCUUGUUAAUUUGGGAGAAGACCCAGUCACAGUCUAA